AUGAGUCCGGCAACCAGCGACGCGGACACAAUUACACCGAGUCCUCCUAGCCCUAGCCCUUUGGCUUUCAAAGACGCAAAUGAUCCGGAUAAUCUCAAGAAUUGGUCGUUGUUGAGGAGGCUGUUUAUCACUUUCAUAUGGAUAACGGGAAACUUGGUAGCUUCGGUGUCUUCCAGCAUCUUCAGCAGCGGUGCUCAAGCAAUCAGCGAGGAUUUUGGUGUGGGACCAGAGGUUGUGACUCUCGGAGUCAGCUUGUUUGUUGUUGGCUACUCCGUUGGACCGCCUUUCUGGAGCCCCAUAUCUGAACAAUUUGGAAGAAGGUACCCGAUGCUCGCGGGCAUGGCCCUCUUCACAAUAUUUUGCAUCCCGGUUGCUGUUGGAAAGAACCUGCAAACGAUCCUUGUCGGGCGAUUCCUGUGUGGAAUGACUGGUGUAUCGCCCAUUGCCCUCUUUGGUGGUGGCCUGGUCGAUAUCUGGCACCCAGAGCAGCGCGCAAUUGCCAUGGCUACUGUCAUUGGCAUAGUUCUUAGCGGCCCCUUGCUGGCUCCGGUCAUGGGAAACUUCAUUACUGCUAGUCAUCUGGGCUGGCGGUGGACUGGCUGGCUGAGCUGUAUCAUGGGAGGAUCAUGUACCGUUCUCGUUUUCUUAGGGCUGCCAGAGACAUAUGCCCCCAUCAUUCUACAGAAGAGACAAAAACUUGACCCUGCAUUUCAGAACGCGCCAAAAGAAACUGGGAGAUGGCGUAAAUUUGUCCGAGUCUAUCUGGUCCGCCCCUUUGUGUUACUGGGAACUGACCCCAUACUGGUUCUCAUGACUCUCUACCAGGCAUUCGUCUACGGAAUCCUGUAUAUUGUUUUUUCAUCAUAUCCUAUAAUCUUCCGCGAACAACGUCAUUGGAAACUUGGCCUAUCCUCGCUCCCAUUCCUAGGAAUGAUGGUUGGGGUUUUUAUCGGAUCAGCCAUGAUUGUUACGCGGACCGUCAUUGCUCAACAAGCCAGUCGAAAGAAGAUGGCCGAAGAUUCUUCCGGAAUCCCUCUCUCGCCAGCACCUGAACGACGGCUACCCCUGAUGAUGGCAGGUAGCGUUUUGCUCCCCAUCGGACUAUUCAUUUUUGGGUGGACUUCUGCUCCUGAUAUUCCCGUUGUUGGAAUGAUCAUUGGAAGUCUAUUUGUUGGUUCCGGAUUACUUUGCAUCUUUGUCACGGCAAUGACGUAUAUCCUCGACGUCUAUUCACAUGUCGCAAACAGCGCACUAGGAGCAAACACAAUCGUGCGAUCAUUCUUCGCUGCUGGGUUCCCCUUAUUUGCCAGCUACAUGUAUCAUGGACUUGGCGUGGCGUGGGCGUCAAGCGUUCUUGGCAUUGUGAGUGUUGCAAUGAUUCCGAUUCCAAUCAUCUUUUACAAGUAUGGGCCGCGCAUUAGGGCUCUUUCCAAAAACUUGAUGGUGUAA